CCCAGAGAGGCAACGAUGAAGCGUUGCCUAGCACCUUUCAUGCCCGCUUCCGCAUCCAAUAUAAAACGUGCCCAUUGGCUGGUCGCUCUUCCUCGGAGUUUUCGGGAGAAAAAUGGCGGACCGUCUAACGCAGCUGCAGGACGCCGUGAAUUCGCUUGCAGAUCAGUUCUGCAAUGCCAUUGGGGUGUUGCAGCAAUGUGCGCCCCCGGCCUCCUUCAGCAACAUACAGACUGCGAUCAACAAAGAUCAACCUGCUAAUCCAACCGAAGAAUAUGCCCAGCUCUUUGCUGCAUUAAUUGCAAGAACAGCUAAGGAUAUUGAUGUUUUAAUAGAUUCCUUGCCAAGUGAGGAGUCCACAGCUACAUUACAGGCUGCCAACUUGUACCGCUUGGAGGAGGAGAACCACGAGGCUGCCGCCCGUCUCGAAGAAGUGGUUUAUCGCGGAGACUUGCUGUUGGAGAAAAUACAGAGCGCCUUAGCCGACAUUGCCCAGUCCCAAUUAAAGACUCGGAGUGGCAGCUGUUACCAACCCCUCCCGGAGUAAUUGGGGCACGCGGCAAGGCUCGGCCGUGACACCUGCUUUGCAGGUACGAUUGGUGCAAAAGGAAGAGAACAAGCAACGAACACAACUCCCCUUCACACCUUAAUGCCCUGAACUAUUUAUGAGACUCUGCUUACCGGAUGCAACACUAGCCAUACUUUUUCCGUGAUACUCUGCCGGUUCCAGAAGAUUUCCAGGAACUUCCGUUCCAUGUGUUCGUUACAUCUAAGCCUUACACUUUGAUCGGCUUUAUCAGUGGGCUGGAACACGUGGCCUCAUGGUAAAGCUUCUCCUUGUGUCUUCAUGCCAACAAUGAUGCAAUACUUUAUAGUAAAUUUGCAAGGGGUAGAGAGGUGGUUUGGAUGCUUGUUUCUCGCUGAAGAUACCUGAAUAUUAUUCGGAAGUUCUGUAGAAGGGGGAAAAAGCAUUCUGGGAAACAUUAAAGCAGUGUCAAUUUGUAUACAAUUUCACUUAGAAAUGUAAUUAUUAGGUAUAGCGAAUACAUGUACAGUCUGCUUUGGAACUAGAAUGAAAAGGUUCUGGAGAAACAGGAGUUCUCUUGCCUUUUCCACACAGCACGUAACUGGCUAAAUUUGAUGACAACAGAAGCUGAAAUACUGAACUAACCAACUACUAUUAAAAGGACUGUCUUUGUAGUACCGGGUUGACGUGAAUAAAGGUUUGGUGUUGCAUUGAGUAA